AUGUCUCCGAAUGAAACACUUUUCGUUGAGAGUACACCGCGAGUCACAACCGAAACCGUCACGAGUUCGUUCAUUAAUUUUGAAACAAUUGAAUUUCCGGGGCAAAUGAGUCCCUUCGAUGCGGCUAUGGAUCCGCAUGGAACGUUCAAUCGUUGCGGUGCGUUGCUGUUCGUCAUUGAUGCUCAGGUUAAUUUAGGUUUAAUUGUUUUUGAUGUUUGA